GGUGACAAUGCGCUUCAUCAAUACGGCGAAAUGACGCUGAAGGCCUGCGACAGCGAUUGUGGAUGGCUGUCACGGUGAUUCUACUCACUCAUCGGCGCGUGCUUGCAGACUACCUAGUAAUCGAGGGCAUGACUCACCAACAGCCUGGACGCUACAACAUUCCGAAAAUGAUGACUCCAAGUGAAGCAAGCCUAUUCCUCCCAGGACCCUGUGUCUUCGCCCCAAUGGAUAGCACUUCACUUCGCAAUUUCAAAACCGCAAUCUAGACCAAGGACGAAGCCUGGCUCGACGGUGAGUCAUUCGAAGUAGGCUGUGAGAUCAGCCGCCGCCCAUGCUACAAGCCGUACCCCAUGGAGCCGCGUUGGAUUAAAAUAAGACAACCCUUCACGAUGUCGAAUUAUGUCCACAGAAAACCCAUCCAAAAUCGGCAUUGUUAGCAUUUCCCAUGGCGCAACCAUCCUCCCCAGGAUCUGCUGCCCUGUCGGAUACGAUAUGUCGAUUGAGAAGUAUUGCAGAGAACCAUCUCCGGGAAAUAGGCGAGGAGAAUUUACAGGAGGAAAAAGACCAAGCGCGACGAAAUCAGGAGCUCGAGCGUUAUACCAAACAACGGCGACGGGACAAAAUGAGCACCCUAGUGCCGGUGGGUGCGACAACCACGCCCAAGAUGAGGUCAGCUCAAGACGUCCUUGACCGCCUCCGAUGGGAUCGAGCGCUCGAUCUUUCGAGCCACACCAUUGGUUAUCUGGAACGCUUCAGCGGCAUCAAGGAAAUACCGGCCGCCCAUUGGAUCUCCGACUUCACUGAGGAAGAAUGGAUUCCUCAGCAUCGUAUCAAAUAUUUCAAGCGGACCAUCGAGACUGGCGGGCAGGAAAUCGUCUGGGACAGGGAUAAGCGGAUAGACAAAAUAUUUGGCGGCAAUCUCAUCAAUCAAGACGAGACUGAAAUUCGGUCCGAUGCUGGCGGUGGCCUGGGGUCGACGCAAUCAACGUCCCUUGAGGACUAUUCUGCCAGGUUCUGAUGGGUGAUGUGAGAGGCUUGGGCAUCAAGAGACGGCCUCUCAACGAAUUUUCGUUCCAUGUCAGGGCUGGAACCGGCUGUUUGCUCGCUUCCGAGACUGAAACAAGAACGUCCUCAACAUUCAGAUUUGCCUAAACCGCUCGCGAAAAUUUGUCAGGGAUGAUGUGGGCGAGUAUCACUGGCAAUGUCGGGAACGACAACGGCUCGAUGGAAUUGGAAUGUUGUCCAUCUGCGGGGAAGUGUUGCAAACCGCUGGGUGCACAAACGAGCCUUGCAGCAAAUGCAUUGUACAAAUUAAUUGCAGCCCCUGAUUGUCCGCAUGGGCCGCCCUGCCAGUAUGGACGCACAGAAUGAUAAGUGUUUGCGGACUUGCUGCAUUACUCGCGGCAACCCUUUGUGUUGCAGGUACCUGCAACCCGGUACCAACUCUGGAAGACACCUGCGGCCUAUUUUAUUGCCUCGAGACGGGUUUCCGAGGAGCCUGUGCACAUGACGUGUUACCAUCAAACAUAUGCAUCGAGUUAACUGGCAAAUGGAAUCAUUCCAUCGCCUCGAUAGGCCCCGAUGAAGGGACGUAUUGUGUAUUCUUCAGCGACGAUCAUUGCAAUGAACCUGUGUGGACAACUAGCGAUGGCGGACAUGUUCAACUCUCGUAUCCAGGAAAUCCUGACCUGUGCGAGCUAGGACUCAACAGCUUGUUUGGCAGCUAUGUUUGCCAGAAUACGCCUGAACGGAGUGAAUAUCAAUGAGGUCGAGUUGAUUAUUCUGACGGUCUUCAGCAGCGAUUUGUGGGUGGCCCAGUCGAGCCGAGGGAUCGAAGAGCUGAAGGACUUGGGUGGAGUCGAGGUCGGUACGAGAGGAAAGCGCGCCCGGGAGCAGCAGUCUUACGUCCAUCAAGACGGAUUGCUAAGCUAUAGGGGCUAGGUGGACGUGACAUCCGAUGCGCUGGUCUCAGCAGAAGGGAUGAACGGCUAUCGGGAGUGGAAGGUGAAUAGGAAAUAUGAAGGCAACGGCAAUCUUUUGACUGUUCUCAAAAAGGC